UUCGCCAAGUGUGGAUAGUGCUUGUUCCGCCAGAGUUUGCGUGUGAUUGCAUUUUGCUUGGCGAUCAGUAUCUUACUUUUGGUUAAAUAUCUUAUAGAGAAUCCCUGAGUCCCUGACCCCUGGUCACGCCCCCCGCGCCGCCAUGACCAUUGACCUGUUGGCCAACCCGGGGGCCGUGGUGACGCCCCUGAAGCCCAUUUGGUACGCCACCGCCCAGCUGUCCCUCCCCCUGGGCGACCAGGAGAUAGACGCCGUGGAGUUCGCGAUGGCCAUGGCCCUCGUGGUCAGGAUGCAGGUCCAGCUCUACGACGUGUUCAAUCGGUCGUCGCGGCGCGGAAGGAGCAUCCAAGAAGACCAGAUGGAACUCUUUCACCAGCUCGAGGACAACAUCAGCGCCAUGGGGGUGGACGGCCACGCGUGCAUCUUGAGGUUCAUCUGUGAAAUGCAGACCAACAAGUUUUCAACGUCCUCCAUCUUCGGGGAAAUCUUCACUCUAAUGUUUACGCCCAAACAAGGCGACGACUACACUUUACUGAAGGAAUACAUAGAGGCGGAGAUGGCGGGCGAAGAGGGCUCCCAGCGGUGUUCCGAAAGGUACUUUACUUGCCCAGUCUCCGUUUUCUCAGCGCUCAGAAACCUCUCGGGAGACCUGCUUGGGGGCUUUUCGACGCCGCAGGAAAAGCCGUUGAAUUCGACCAUGACCUCCAGCGGCGUCUCUUACCUGCAGGAUAGCUUGCCUUGGAUGGAGAAUCAUCUGUGAAUCACCUAGACCACGAGGUGAACUGAGAGGGGGUUUGGGUGAGGGAGGGAGAGAGUGGUAAGAAAAGGACGCACGCAUACACAGUUCACAGUACACACACACUCACACACAUAUAUAUACAUAUGUGUGUGUGUGGGUAUGAAUGCUGAUGUUCUGGGAGAUGAUGAAGCUGGAAGAAAACAUGAAAGGUUUUAUUUGUUAUUUAAUAGAAAAAGUGCUUUAUUUAUUCCAAUAUUUAUUACUAGUUUUAUAUUGUUAUUAGUGCAUUUGUUAAUGAUAUGUAAAAGAAAUAUGAAAAA